AUCUGGAUUGCUCCACAUCGCUGUUAAAUCCUCAAGUGUUUGCUCGUGAUAUCAGCACGUACCUCUGUUUGACAGUCAUUGUUUGGUUAAUGAUAUUUUCAGUCAUGUGUUUAGACUAGGCAGCUGCUUGCUCGCACACCACAGGCUACGCUGUUGCAACGCUGAGAGACGGCCCAGUCUCACUGAAUGCCAUUGAUCUACGAAAGCACCCAAUAUUUUAUUGAGCAAAUGCACUUUGUGUCUCUUUCAUAUCUCUGUCGUCAUCCUGGUGAAAUCCUCCACAUCAGCCUAUUUAUUGUGUUUGAACUCUGCCAUUCCACUUCCCCAGCUUCCCUUCUUUUUCAACUUCUCCACUGACUUUUUGAGGUUACUGUACAGUCCUCUCUACAGCACCGUGAAAAAGGCUGCCUGCUUGCCUACGAGUGUGUCUGAGCGUGUGGGUGUGUGUGCAAGGCUGUAUGUGAGUCGGAGGGUGAAUAUGUUUGUGUGAGUGCCUUUGAAUGUGUAUAUACCCUGGUCAGAGAGUGUUCCCAUGAGGCGCUGGGCAGAGAUGCAGGGUGCUCGAUGCCCUGCUCUGCCACUCCUGCUGCUGAGCUGCUGUGUGUGUGCGGCGGUCGGCUACCCAUUCAGAACACCCCUGGACCUGGAUGUGACUCCACGUGUCACCGUGUUGAGCAGCGGUCUCCAGGGAUGCAGGCAUUUCCAGUCCUCUGCAGUCAACUACAGCACCAUGUUGCUGGAGGCUGACAGUGAGCGUCUCUAUGUCGGGGCCCGGGGGGCUAUAUUCGCUCUCAAUGCCUCUGACAUCUCAGCCAGCUCUGCUCUCACUAUUGAGUGGGAGGCCUCCCCCGAGCAAAAACGCCAGUGUCUGCUCAAGGGAAAAGACAAUAAGACCGAGUGUUUUAAUCACAUCCGCUUCCUCCAGAGGUUCAACUCAACUCAUCUUUACAUGUGCGGGACUCAUGCCUUCAGACCACUCUGUGCAUACAUAGAUGAGCAGAGGUUUGUGAUGUCAUCUCAGCCUGAGGAAGGCAGAGAGAAAUGUCCCUAUGGCCCAACAACAGGCUACACUGCCCUCAUUAUAGACCAGCAGAUGUAUACAGCUUCCCAGUAUGAGUUUAGGAGCUUCCCAGAUAUCCGCCGCAACUCUCCAUCUCCCACGCUGAAGACAGAGGAUGCCCCCACACGCUGGCUGAACGAGGCAGACUUUGUGGGCUCUGCGCUUGUGAGGGAGAGUUUGGACAGCAGCACCGGCGAUGAUGACAAGAUCUAUUUCUUCUUCACUGAGGGGAGCCAGGAGCAGACGACAGUCUACAGCCACAGCAGGGUGGCACGAGUGGCUCGGGUUUGUAAGGGGGACCGGGGAGGCCGCUUAACCCUUCAGAAACGGUGGACCUCCUUCCUCAAGGCCAGGCUGAUGUGUUCUCUGCCUGAGUACGACUUCCACUUCAACAUGCUACGCAGUGUGUUCGUCAUGCCUGGCCACACGCCACAGGACACGCUCUUCUAUGGCAUCUUUGGCCUGGAGUGGAAAAACGUGAAGGCGUCUGCUGUGUGUCGAUUCUCUCUGUCUGAUGUCCAAGAGGCCUUUCAAGGACCUUACAUGGAGAACCAGGACUCUGGCUCUAAGUGGACAGAAUACACUGGAAAGAUCCCCGAUCCACGACCAGGAACGUGUGUGACAGACGCUCUGAGGGCCAGAGACAUCAACGUCUCCACCUCCUUGCCUGAUGAUGUGCUAGACUUUGUCAGGAGGCAUCCUCUGAUGUCCCAGCAGAUCCAACCUUCAGACAGGCACCCCCUUUUGUUCAGGAGGACCACAGACUACACACACAUGGCUGUACACAUGAUCCAAGGCUUAGAUGGACAAACAUAUCAUGUAUUAUACAUGGGCACAGAUGAAGGCUGGUUACACAAAGCUGUAGAAGUCGAGGGUCAACUGCACAUUAUCGAGGAGCUUCAGCUGUUUGAGGAACCACAGCCUGUUAACAAUCUACUGAUAUCUGAAAAACAGAUGAGUGUAUACGUGGGCUCUCCAUCAGGCGUGGUGCAGCUGCCGUUGUCCAACUGCCACAGAUACACUUCCUGCUAUGACUGCAUUUUUGCCAGGGACCCUGACUGUGCCUGGAAUGGAGCCCAGUGUGUGGAUGUUAUGGUACACACAGACAGAUCCACUUUAAUCCAGGACAUCAAGCAUGGCAGCAAGGGAUGUGAGAACACACAAGAUGAUGUCAUCCAGCGGAGCCGCUCUGUGCGGGUGGGUGAUGACGUGCUGCUACAGUGUGAGCUCAGCUCCAACCUGGCCACACCACUCUGGACUCUGGACGGCAGCGAGCUGCAGGGUUAUGGCCUCAACUCAGGCUUCAGAACCGGCACAGACGGCCUGCUGAUCAUCGAGGCCCGGCAAGACCAGAGCGGGCUGUACACCUGCUACGCUGUUGAGAACAAUAUCAAGGUCGCCAUAGUUACCUACAAUGUCACCAUCCGCCUGGACAUGCCCCCUCCUCCACCUGUUGAGCCAACUGAAGACCUUUACAGUUUCUUCGCCACCCUGACAGCACCCACAGAGCACCCAUCCUCAGAGGGGCCCCUGCCACCGCCCCCACCCCCUCUCCUCCCCCACUCAGAGCUGCUCUCCCCCAGGAACAUGGAGGCCAUGUACCUGUCCCUCAUCACCAUCCUUGGAGGCCUGUGUUUGGUCCUCACCGUGGUCCUCGUCUAUGUGGGCUUCUGCCUGCGAGUGGGCAACAGAGGGAAGUACUCAUUACGUGCCGCGGCAGCUGCCUACCCGAACAAUAAGAGGCACAACAAGAACAGAAAACAGCACAGAAGCUCCUCCCACAUGGAGCUGAAGACCAUCUCAAGCCACUGCAAUGGCAACGGCAUUUGUAAUGGAGUUUCAAAGCAACACAACGGUGACAUCCAGGGCGGAGGCUUCCUCCAGAUUGUCCCGGGUGAGGGUCAUCCGUCACCCAAUAAGGAGCCUCCUCCGCCUGCCCCUCCUCUCCCUCCCACACCACAACUUCCAUCUCCAGAUUGUGACUUCCCCAACGGGCUGUCGGCCACACUGCCCAGCGUCCUGAGGAGGAUGAAUGGGAACAGCUAUGUGCUGCUGAGGCAGAGCGACUCUGAAAAUACGUCACCGCUCUGCUACUCCUUCGCUGAGGAGCUCAAUAGGAUCUUAGAGAAGAGGAAACACACUCAGCUGCUGCCCAGGCCAGAUGAGAGCUCCGUGUAGAGAAAUGCAACUCCCCCUGUGGUGGGAGGACUGCUGUAUUCUGGUGCUGAAGUGCCUAUCAUACGCAUCACUAUUGUUGUGGACUAAUGCAAUGAGAGAGUCUUAUCUACAUUCUUUACUUUGGAUUUUUUUUUUCUUCUUUUUUUUUACAAACCCACAUUGAGACAUUCCAGCUCUUUGAACCUUUGGGCUUAAUUCCCAAAUUUCCCAACACAAGUUCCCAAUGAUGGACCAAGAAUGAAAUAGAAAAAAAGUAUCUACCUCACCUUAAUACUGCCCAGAAGGACAUGUGCACUCAGGCUGUAGUCUGAUCCUAGUAUCAGGGCUGAUAUCUCUGUCAAAGAAAGCUCUCUGAUCCGCAAAGCACAGAUACACAAACUCCAAAGAGGAGCAGAGCCCUGUGGGAAUAUAAAUACAUGUGAAGACUUCUGCUGUGGGGUGGCCACAUUUGGCUCAAUUCAAACAGGAGGGCAGCUAGCCAAAGUUUGUUUGCACUGACAAGUGCACAGAUGGCCUAUGCAUUUUUAAAACAUGACACUCACACGUUUUAAAUAUUGAGGGAAUGGAUGUGGUGAGUGAGGGAAUUCGGUUUGCAAUGUUUUCACUUUUAAUCCUGACUUAACAAACACUAAAUAAUAUAACAUUUAACACCAGCCAUCACUGACAAAUGGUGAACUAAUCAUUAUUUAAUAUUACUAUUAACAAAAAGUUGUAGUCAAUAACUAACCAAAUUGAAGAUUAAUUAAUUUAUCAUUAUUUAUUUAUCAUUUGAUUUAGAAAUUAUUAAUGCCAUAAUGUACAUUAUGUAAUUAUUAAUGUCAAUCAGUCAGUUUGUAGUAUUAAAACUGGUUAGAAAUGAAAAAUCAUCAACCUUGUGUUGCCACAAUUAACUAUUUGUUGGUAACUUAGUAAUUUGCAGGUAAACUUUUAGUCAUCAUUAUAAUAUAUAUGCAAACACAAUAAGCACUAAUGUGCUUUAAAUCCUAAUUAAAGCCUCACUUGAGGCUCAUUCAAUCCAUCAUAAAUGGUUGAAACUGUCAUGUUUUGAAGCCUUAUGUUGGUCUUAAUGAUAAUGUUACAGCUCACAUCUGCUACAUGUGGCCAUUAAAGAUAAAUUCACAUAAAUGUUAUAGGGUUUCUGUUAUAUAUAAAAUUCAUAGACUACUAAUGAACAAAUAAAUAAUGUUAUUUAACCUUUACUUUAUUGAAGAAAUAUUGAAUAGUGAUUAUUUCACCAAGUGAUUGUAGACAACCUGAUGAAAAUAUGACAGUAUUAUUUACUUUAAUGCACUUUAACCACUAGUUUUAAAGCGCUUGGGGAAAAUUAUUGGACGCUUCCACAGACUUUAACACUGCAACCCAUCAACAACCAGCGGAGCUUUUCAAUUGGCCGUUUGUCAGCAUGAAGAGCUGCAGCAGCAAAAGCCACAGCUGUGUCCGCUGGACCUUGUUUGACACAAGUGGAUUAGAAGGAAAACAUUGACUGUGUCUCAGCUGAGCCUGAAUCCACUGCUGAGCGACACCCUGCAUGAGACCAUAACACAGAAUGACUGACUGUGGGGCACAAGAAAAAAGCAUCCAAGGUCUGAUGAGCGCAGGCCAGUUUGAGUCUCUCUUUAAUUCAUUCCCAGGGACACCAUCUCCCCACUGGCGUCAGAUGGUAGGAGUGACUGCAAAGAUGUUCUUUUAAUGAACAGCAAAAUCAGAUUCGCUGUCGUUAGUGGACAGUGACGCCAGACACCGAAAGAGAGGCUGGAUAAGGGCUACAGCUUGAGAGUCUCUGCUCCUAGAAUGCAGCUCCCCACAACUGGAAUGAAAAUUGUUGGCUGCAGUGUCUCACCGAGCAGCAUUUGUUCUUCAGACAGUGGCUCUUUGUGUGCAGAGAGCAUCCUUGCCUCUGAUUGAUGCAAACUUGUUAGACCAAACUCAAUGUAUAAUGACCUUUUUCUCACUGCUGCAUGAAUUAUGUUUCAAUACCGCUGUCUUUUCUUUAAGUCAAGGAAAGUACAAGGAUAACUCAUCUUAAUAUUAAUGAAAAGUGCCAAGGUUUAUGUAUAAAAAAGUGCUUUGUGAGCCUAUUUUAUUGCAAAACCAGAAGAAAAGGAUUUUAAAAAAAGAAGGCGUAUUUAUAAUUUUGUACAUUGUGUUUUGGAUUUUAUUGUAUUGUUGCUGUUUAAGUGCCACUUGUGAGACACCCGUCUGUCAGUAGAAGGGUCACAAUUUGCCUGUGUUGCACAAAAUGUGAUAAAUAGGAGCACGGUAGCCAAAAGCAUGCAGAGGCUGCACCAGCACCACAGAAUUUAAUAUGUAUAACCUACUAAUGGGAGGAAAAAUACACCAAUUUACUUAUUUAUGAUAACCUAUUAAUUAGGGAUCAUUCAGCUUUUCUGUCACUGUAAUGUCCACAUAUUAGUUUUGAUCUCUAUUUGCAUGUUACACCAUUUGUGUGCACACCGCAAAUCAAAUUCUUUUACUCAACUAACAAAGAAUAAGAGGGCAGUGGGUUCCUUCACAUUUCAGUAAUGAGUUAAAAUAAAACUUUGUACUUCAA